AUGGUGGACCAGACGAAAUGGAAGUUCAACCACACGAUGCUCCGGGUGAAAGAUCCCCAGAAGUCGCUGGAGUACUACAAGCUACUAGGGCUGAGCUUGAUCAAAAAACUCGAAUUCCCAGAAAACAAAUUCGAUCUCUAUUUCUUGGCCUACGACGGCCCCAAUUCUGCGUCUCAAGGCGCUCACUGGAGUGACCGUGAAGGCGUACUCGAACUGACACACAACUACGGUACCGAGAGCGAUUCGUCAUUCAGCAUCAACAAUGGCAACAAGGAGCCGCAUAAAGGGUUUGGCCAUGUCUGCGUGAGCGUGGACAACAUCCAAGCGGCAUGCAAACGCAUCGAAGAUGCCGGGUACAAGUUCCAGAAAAAGCUGACGGAUGGGCGCAUGCGUAGCAUUGCUUUUGCUCUCGAUCCCGACGGGUACUGGGUGGAGAUCAUCGGGCAGAAGAACGUGGACGAGACAAAGGACAUCACCACCACAGACACGUCGGCAUAUCGGUUCAAUCACAGCAUGAUCCGAGUCAAGGACCCCGAGAAGAGUCUCAAGUUCUACCAGGAGGUCUUGGGCAUGACCCUGCUGCGUACGUCGGAGCAAAAAGAGGGGGGCUUCACACUUUAUUUCCUGGGAUAUCCCGGGUCCUUCAAGGUCCCGAAACCGGAAGACACCCCGAACGGAGUCAACCCGCUGGCUGAGAAGGAAGGGCUGCUCGAGUUGACCUGGAACUAUGGGACGGAAAAGCAAGAGGGGAAAGUGUACCACAACGGCAAUGACCAGCCUCAAGGUUUCGGGCAUAUCUGUGUCAGCGUGGAUGAUGUGGAGCAGGCCUGCCAGUUCUUCGAGGAGAAGAAGGUGAAUUGGAAGAAGAGGCUGACAGAUGGCCGGAUGAAGAAUGUCGCCUUUAUUUUGGAUCCGGACGAUUACUGGGUUGAGAUCAUCCAGAACGAGCAAUUGAAGAAGACCAGUGACUGGUAG